CGUAUUUUCCAUCUUUAAAAGAAAGAUGUUGUUGUUUUGAUCUUCUGAUACCGGAACCUCGUACCGGUACGAACAGGAAGUUCGGUUCAGAAAGAAUACUUGUAAUUAAGAUCAUACCACUGUAUGGUGUUGUUUCUCCUCUUUGAAGACUUGCGUAGAAUCGAACAACGGUCUUUUUCGAUCAACACCAUAUGCUAUGCCACCGACACAAUCAGAUUUAAGAACGACAAAAUACAGAAGGGGUAAAAGGUUGGAAGUGAUCAACACCAGAGUUCUUCACUAGUGCGGAUUUUGUAGCGACAAUCUACAUGAACUAAACGCAACCAAUAGCAUGUCGUCAGCCUCAACGAAGGUAGCAGCCACGCCUUCUGCGGGAAAUAUCAGAGAGGGUGAAGAUCAAGAACCUCUCGAAUACAAUCCGCGAUGGAUGGGUUACCUCUGCAUACUCACGUUCUCUGGGAUUAAUUUUGUUUCCAUCUCAAACAUUCCGGAGCAAGUACGUCGGACUCAUUGGGCAUCUGUCAUGAUCUUUGGGGUAAUGACAUUUUUGAUGGCUUCGACCAUCCUGAUUGUUGACCGGUGCCAGAGUAGACUCGGCAGAUGCUUCAACUUCACAAACUGCAAGAAUGGAUAUCUAGAGGGAUCGGUCCUCGUUUUUUUUGUACUCUGGUGGAUCGUUGGUGUCUCUUACAUAACUCGCCCUGGUGGAAUUGCCUAUACUGUGAGCAAUAUUUACUACAGUGCAUGGCUUACUAUCGCUGCCUGUAUAUACACUCUCAACGAAUGGAGUGAUUCGAAGGGUAUCUUGUCGAUCGCAGAAAUCACGUCGGUAUCCUUCACCCUGCGAUAUUGGUGGAUUCAUUUCACUGCUGCUUUUGUUGUUUUUGUCAGUUCCAUAAGCCUGGUAAGUGGAGUAUUGAGACUACGACAGCGCCUUUUUUUCGGUAAUAAAUCGAGGAUAUUCUUUUCAUCACGUCUCUCUCUUUCGUUUUUUGAUUUCCACUUAGGAAGUGCGCUUGGGUAACUACAUAAUCCAAGGCUUGAUGAAUGAAAAACAAGACGCAUUGUUUGGGAUAUUUAUGGGAGUGGUGUCGUUGGUAAUUUCGUCGUUUUUUAUCCUCGUACAUUACGAUUUUAUUACAUGUGUGGAGGAAGGUGGGUGGUCGGAACUUUUUUCCACCGCCUUGUUGAUCUUUGCUUGGGUCAUUGCCUUGUCAAUUUUGUGAGUUUUUGGGGGUAUUCGAUUCAAAUUAGUUCUCUUUUGUUGGUAACUGUCUUCCAAUAUGAAGGAUCUUUGCUACGUCAUUUCUCUCAUCCAACGAAUAAUGUGUGUGCUCUUCGCACUACUCUCUCCGUCUAUUUUUGCCUGAUUGUUGCUUUUCUGCAUUUAUGAUCACCGUUGGAACAGUACUAGCAGCGGUAUGUUUAUUUCUCUCGAGCUUGGAGGAGCCUCGUUUGUCAAUGGAAAAUUCCAAUCCCAUCUAACAUAUUUGCUUGGCACACUCCGUUCUGAAUUGAUCGCUAUGACUUCUGCGGCAAACGGUGGGCGAACCGACAGGUGGAAUAGCUUCAACCAUUUCGGGAUUCGAUUGCUUGCCUAACCUGAACGUUAAUUGGGGGAACAUCUCGAAAAUAUAUAACUGUACAAUCAUCAAAGACGGGGUACCCACGCCAUGCAGGUUAACGCGUUUCAUGCCUGGUUCGAACCUUUACUAUGCAUGCUGGGCAUGCAUGCUGUCGUCUAUCGCAAUCGCCUUCAAAUGGAAAGCGGCAAAAGCCUUGAGAUUUGCCGAAUCGCAGGCGGAACUGCGGCAAAAGCAACAAAACGAUGGAGGUGUCGAUGGAUACAAUGAUGUUGAUAGCAACAGCGGGGAUGAUAGCAGCCGCAACUAACCAUGAUCCUCGAGCAUGCUUUAAUUUUUUCUUGCAGCAUUACGAAAAGAGAGGAAGGUUGCGAUUUCGAGAAACAUUGGUUUUUGUUCAUAUGAUUUAUUUCUACAACUCGUGUUGAGAAAAUUCGAUUUUUUAUGACAUAGCCCACAUAUGUGAGAGAUUUUAUUGUUGGUCUUUGACCUUGCAGAGAUUUAUUGUGCAAGCCAACAGCAUCGUUCGCGUCUUUGCUGAUAGUCUGCUCGCAUUUACGAGUUGUUCGAGUCCUUCUCUAAUACUAAUUCUCGAUGACCGAGUUGCCUUCGAAUUUUUUUUCGUUGAUGCUAGUUGUUCCGUACGGAGUGAAAUAUCUUUUGGCAAUCGAUCAGAAGCGAACGACUCUCUCAGAUUUUUGAAUAUGUUGUCGUUCUCUUUUUUGUUGUGGUCGUCGACGACUAUUUUUCCAUCAUCUGCAAGAAGAGAGAUCAUUUCUUCAUAGCAUGGAUCUGAUUUGUUCAUAACUAGAAAAGAAUCAAACUCGGUAUCUUUCCCGGAAGAAUUGAAUUCAGAAACAUUAUUCUCCAUUUGCGUCGUCGUCGAUGAUGAUGCAGCUUCGGGCAUUCCGGUAGCGUUUUCACUCACAGCGCCGUUGAUAACACUUUCCAUCCAUUCGAAAAUUUCCUCUUGUUCGGAAGUAGGCAUCGAUUCGUGAGGAAAACUGACAACUUUGGAAUGGGAAGAUUCGAUAUCUAGAGCUUCGAAGGUAUCGUCAAUUGAGAGCGCAUCCAAUUUUCUCUGUUUGGUGAUAAUCAUUGCCUCACUGUCAUCGCACGAUCCCACGAAAGACAAUCUACGCUUCCCAAUUCGUGAUGAAUCAUUGAUGGCCACAGUAGGAGGAGUAGCAGAUAUUUCAUUAUGUGGUUGAAUCAUUUUACUUGCUUCAGUGAUGCGGAGGAUUUAUUUUUGUGUUGGCAAUGAGUAAAGGAAAUUCUUCAAUGUUAAUAAAUGUUGGUUCUCGGUUACUACUUCGUCGCGUGAUCUUGGCUUCGAUGAUAAAAGAAUGAGACCCGUUUUCCAGCGCUUUUACGAUCAGACAUGUGUUCCCUGUGCAUCUUUGAUACGAUUCCAAGUAGGAAAACGUUGAAGGUUUUCCUCACGUGCGAACUUCACGCCGUCCAAACUCGUUCUGAAGAACUCCUUGGAGACUCGAAAGUCAUUUUGACAUUUAUGAAACGUAUUAUUUAUGUCAGUCUGGGUUUCAAUAAAAAUUAUGGAUCUUGCGUGUUCAUCGACGAACCAAUUGAUUUCUCAAAUAUAAUGUCCGUCAUUCGUAAGGCUAAGGACAGAGGGAUCCUUCAAUUGAAAUGGGAAUUGAAUAACUGUACGUGCGUACAAGUACGUAAAGAUAAUUCAGUUAUGUAGAUUGCAAGACCUUACGAAGGAAGGACACCAUUUAAACCGAUCUAAUUUCAUCAUGUAACUUACAUAAAAUCGGUAAAACAUCUUCACAUAUGCCCAAAACAGUUAUUCAAUCAACUUCAAUGUUCUACCAAUCGUGCCAAGAAUGGACAAGAGUGGAUACUUCAUCGUUUUGUGCAAUUGGAAAUCCAAUUUGACCAACACUUGCAGUACGUCGUGAAGUACUUGUUAGAUCCAUGCGAGAGGAGUUGGAAAAAUUACACCAAAAAGCGGUGAUACUCAAAACAUCGGCUUCGUUCAAAAGUUUACUAAUGGCACUCAUACUACUGGUGUAUCGUAGGACAAUAUCUGUAAUCUUGAAGUUCAUACUGAGAUCCCGUCAUUUUGUUUCAAUAAUUAAGAUAGGGUAAA